AUGUGUGUAGGCCAGCAUAGACUAGGACGUGGAUUACCGGUUUUAUUGAAAACACAGCUGGGUUGGGUGUUCGGGGGACGCAUGCAGGGGGCCGUUGAAUCCCAGGCGCAGAUCUGUGGGCUGAUUACUAACGAUCAGCUGAAUGAUCAGUUGACACGGUUUUGGGAAAUAGAGCAAGUUUCGACAAACAAUGACGCGAACAGUCACCCGUGUGAGGAUCAUUUCAUACAAACGGUCGCACGAGACAGGGACGGGCGAUAUAUGGUGACGAUUCCAUUCACCGACGGUCUUCGGGAUCUGGGCGAUUCUUUCAACAUGGCCGAGCGAAGAUUUUUUAAUAUAGAAAGAAAGUUAAUUAGGUCACCAAUCUUAAGGCAAGAAUAUCGCGAAUUCAUGCGAGAAUAUGAAAGAUUAGGGCACAUGUCGAAGAUAUCACGGGAUGGUCGUUCGGUUGCAAAUCCAGUUUAUUACCUGCCGCACCACGCCGUGACGAAGGAGACGAGCACCACGACAAAGGUGAGGGUAGUUUUCGACGGGUCCGCAAAGACGUCCACGGGAGUAUCGUUGAAUGAAAUCCAGCGUGUCGGUCCAGUCGUUCAGGACGAUCUAAUUUCAAUUUUAAUUCGGUUUCGGCAAUUUCCCGUCGUGUUAAAUGCUGACAUCGCGAAGAUGUAUCGGCAAAUUUUGAUAACGCCCGAGCAACGUGGUCUUCAACGUAUUCUAUGGCGAGAAGAACCCACGCAGCCACUUGCGACAUACGAACUCAACACGGUCACGUAUGGUACUGCGUCAGCUCCGUUUUUGGCCACUCGUGUCUUGCGGCAGGUCGGAUUAGACAAUAUCGACACAUAUCCAAUUGCGAGUCACAUAAUUAUGCAAGAUUUUUAUGUCGACGAUUUGCUAACGGGCGCGGACACGAUAGAGCAGGCCAAAGUGUUAAAACGGGACGUCAGUAGGUUGUUAAGGGAAGCAGGGUUUGAAUUGAGGAAAUGGGCAUCAAACGAGCCAACAGUGGUUGACUCGGUGUCAGACAAACCAAAGGACAUUGUUUCGCAGGCGGAGAAGGAUCCAAGAACCCUUGGAUUGUUGUGGGGCCCACUGACCGAUGAGUUGCGAAUCGCUAUAAAGGAUAGAAUCACGACACGAGUAACGAAACGCGUUAUUUUAUCCGAACUCGCGAGAAUAUUCGAUCCGCUCGGUUUAGUGGGUCCAGUUGUCAUUAGGGCAAAAUUGUUGAUGCAGUUGCUGUGGCAGCUGAAGGUUUCCUGGGAUGAAUCGGUUCCACAAAGAAUUCAUGCAGAAUUCCAGGAUUUCCAAUCAGAGUUACAAUCUUUAAGACGGCUUGCGAUUCCCCGUCUUGUAAUAGGUUUGAAUUCUACACAGGUAGAGAUUCACGGUUUCUGUGAUGCUUCUGAGAAGGCCUACGGUGCAUGCGUGUACCUGCGCACGGUCGACGGGAGGGGUAAUGGUACAACUCAUUUAUUGUGUGCCAAAUCGCGAGUGGCACCCCUAAAAACAAUAAGUCUGCCGCGGCUAGAACUUUGCGGGGCCUUGUUGUUAAUGCACUUAGUCGACAAGGUACGAACCGCGUCUCGGAUUGCCAUAGCUCGGGAGUUUUAUUGGAGUGAUUCCAUGAUCACGCUUGCCUGGGUGAAGGGAUCUCCUAAUCAAUGGAAGACAUUUGUCGCGAAUCGGGUUACGGAGAUCCAAAACUUAUCACGGGGCACGUGGCGACAUGUAGGAUCCGCUCAAAAUCCUGCAGAUCUCCUAUCGCGAGGAGUACGGCCGUCCGCUUUACAAGACUUGGGUCUUUGGUGGAACGGCCCAUCGUGGCUGCAACAAUGUCCAACCGAGUGGCCGGUCACUGGUCAGUUACCUAUCGAGUUGCCAGAGGGAAGGGCCGUAGUGUGUACUGUCCUCAAGGGAGAGACAGACACAAAUUGUAGUCUCCUGACACGAUUUUCACACUACGCGCGAUUAUCUCGGGUGGUCGCUUAUUGUUUACGGUUCUGCCAUAACGUCCGUACCCGUAAAAUUCACAGGGAUGCUUCGGGUGCUUCCAAGAACAACCAGAUAAGUAGAGCUCCGAAAUCUUUUGUUAGGUUAUCCAUUAGGGACUUAGAGUUGGCCGAGGAUGCCAUCCUUAAAAUGGUCCAGAAAUCAGCGUUUGGUCAAGAGUUAGUAGACUUGCGUUUAGGAAAAGUGGUCGGCUCUUCAAGUACGGUACGCUGUCUAAAUCCGGUUUUAGACAACAAAGGACUCCUCAGGGUGGGCGGUAGGCUUAGCAAUGCCGAAUUAAGAUAUGAGCAGCAACAUCCUGUAAUUUUGCCAAAGGACAGUCCUAUCAAUAGAGCAAUAAUUCGUCGUGAACACGAACGGAGUUUGCACGCGGGAUGUGAAGCGGUCUUAUCAGCGAUUCGGAGGCGAUAUUGGCCGAAGCGUCGUCAAGAGUGUUUUAAGAACUUGCGUAAGAUGCAGUAG